AUGAUAGAAAAGUCAAGAUUUCAAGGAAGACUUGUUGUUGUAAAAGAUGAAAUGAUGAAACUCAGAAAUGAUCAUCAUACUAUACGGAGUGAAAUAAAUGAACUAUUUCGUAUGUUACAAGAAGGUUUUAAUGUUUUGCAUGAGCAAAGUGAUAAAAUACAAUACUCUAUUACUGAAGAAACUAAAGUAUUAGCCUCACAGAUUGCAGCAGAUGUAGUGAAUAAUAUGGUGCAACAAACUGUUUUUGAUCGGCUUAGGGAACACGGUAUUGUUCUUCAGCAAUUCCCAGGUCCCUCAUCUAGCUUAACAGAUGAGGAAUGGGCACAGAAUCAACUCUAUGAUAUCAUUGUUAACUCAUCUAGAGAACAAAUAGCUGCAGCCAUUCUUAAAAAUCACGACAAACAUGAGAACGAGGAUGUCGAAUCGAAAGAAAAAAAGAAGAAAAACCAAAAAAUGGGAGAAGAGGGAAAAGAGGAAAUAAAUAAGGAAAUGGAGAUGGAUAAGCAUGAUGAAGCUCGACGCGAUCCUGGGCGUCCUUUGUUAUACCGUGGACAAUCAGAGAAAUCACUAGAUGGCCAACGUGGAGUUGCAUCCUUUUCCCGACAAGUGAACUCAUUAGGAGAAAGAGGGAGAGGAGGAGUAGGAAAGAAAACUGCCGAGUCAAUCCCAUCAACCAACACUCGUCAUAUCACUGGGGGUGGUGCGAUGAAUGAAAAGACGUCAGCAACACUCUCCAAACACACACCAAGAGAAGGAAAGGGAUAUUCAAACAACAAGAAUAAUAAUCCCAUAUCUGGAACAGCAUUAAGCGACUAUACACAUACUUCACAAUUUUUGGAAGGAGAUGCAUUAACAGAUAAUUAUGUAUACUCAGAUGAGGGUGGUAACUUUGGUACCUGGAAAAGGCCUGGAAACGAAGAUCUUGGGGAUGAUAAUGAAAGUAUG